AUGUCGUGGCUCAGAGCAAUCUUCGCUGAGCAAAUCAGAAAUUGUUGCGCUUCGAAUGCCAUUGCUUUUCGGAGCACAAGAAGGAAGCGGAGGCAACGCACUCAGCUGACACUGCAAAAUGAGGAAGCCCAGCUGUCAUUGAGAGCUUCCGUCAGAGAGGAAGCUAAAGUUCUGGAGCUGGAACACCAAUUGGCUGCUGCAGAGGAUGAUGUUACUGUCCUUGAUCGUUGGUACUUUGGACAUUGCCUUGAAGACCAGGCUGAGAUCAUGGCCAUCCGCGAUGCGGAGCAGACCUACCUGGUAAGGAAAAGGCAUUUGUUCCAAGGGCAGCAGGAAGAGAAGGAAACUGCAACAGGACUGAUAAGUCCAGAGAGGGAGGUAUUUCUGGAUCCACAAAGCCAUCACAAGGCGUCCGAGAGGUCGCGUUAA